AGUGACGAGCUGUAUGUAGGUGAGUUAUAAGCCGUAUCAAGCAGCCAGAGGUCUGUACGGUCUGCGCACUAACUCGUCUCACCGGUCCAUAAAACCGCCAACUGUGCUACCAAAUGUAUAACUGUCGGGCAUAAACAACUGCACCAGGCGUGAGCCUUUAAAAAUGAAUCACUCAUUUUUACACUGGUGCUUUGUUUCACUAGGCUCGUGAGUCUUCGUGGUUGCUUUUAUUCUGAAAACUGCAACCGGAAGUACUAACAGUCUGCAUCCCGACUAGCUUUCAAUCUGUCACAGGUUAGCUAAUGUGGGCUAGCCUGUUAUGGAAGAAACGGAGGAGCACAACUGAGGGGCUGUGUGAUACAACGGGGCUGGCUGCGACUAGUUCUGGGACGUGAUUUGGAAAGAUAACGCCACGUACCGGAAGCUCGGGGGACGUCCUCCUGGUUGGAAACAAAAACAGUACAGAGAGAGAGCUAAAACCAAGGGUCAGCCACAAUUACAAGUGCAACAUGGACCCGGCAGCUGCGGAGCGUCGGACAAUCACCCGCCGACGUCGAGUGUAGCUCCCCGCGCGGCGGCACUCGGGGCGGCUGAAAAACCGCGAAUCUUUGUUCGCGGUUUUUUUUUUUUUCAUGGGACACAGCUGGGCUCCCCCGCUGCUUCGUCGUUGUUUUAUCGCCUUGACAGCACUCCCGUCGGGUGGCAUCGAGUGGCCCCCGAGCCCCAGGCGUCCUAUGGACUCAUACCAGUAGGUUUUUGGCUUUUCUGUCGCCCGGCGCCUCUCUGGCGGAUGCGGCAGUCAUGUUUGCCGUGCGCAUCGUAACCGCAGACUACUACCUGGCGAGACCCAUCAAAGACCUGGACGUGUGCUACUCUGAAUUCCGGGAGAGCGACGUGAAGAAAGUGCCGGUGGUGCGGAUAUUCGGAGCAACGCCCGCAGGUCAAAAGACGUGUCUUCACCUCCAUGGCGUGUUCCCUUACAUCUAUGUGCCGUACGAUGGCUACGGGCAGCAGCCAGAGCGCUACCUGCGGCAGGUGGCCUUCAGCAUCGACAGGGCCAUCAACGUUACCAUGGGAAACCCCGCCUCCAGCACCCAGCACGUCUUCAAAGUGGUGCUGGUCUCUGGCAUGCCUUUCUAUGGCUACCACGCCAAAGAGAAGCACUUCAUGAAGAUCUAUCUGUUCAAUCCUCAGAUGGUCAAAAGGGUGUGUGAGCUGUUGCAGAGUGGAGCAGUGAUGAACAAAAGUUACCAGCCCCACGAGGGCCACAUCCCCUUCCUGCUGCAGUUCUUUAUAGACUACAACCUGUGCGGCAUGAACCUGGUCAGCUUGGGAGCUAUCAAGUUCCGCAGGAGCCCAAACAAAGAAGUCCCAGACAGACCAACUCCCAGCAGCGGUCCCAGCAUUAGUCCCUGGAAAAGCCCUAGCACCUCCAAGCUCAAUGACAGCACCAUGGGGGGCACGUUUGUCCACUGGGAGGAGAAUACCCUACCCUGCUCCUUAGUCCUGGAUGAAGUUGAGAAGCAGAGCACCUGUGAGCUGGAGGUCGAUGCCGUAGCUGUGGACAUCCUGAACCGCCUGGAGAUUGAAAAUCAGAUCGGCAGGAACCCCGGCCUGCAGGCCAUCUGGGAGGACGAGAGGCUGAGGAGGAGAGAGAAGAUCCGGGCCACCCAGUUAGAAACCCCUGAGUCACAGGAUCGUGGCUUCGUCACUUCAACGGAGAGUGAGAAAAUCUUCAUGAAGAGGUUAAAGGAGAUCCUGAAGGAGAACGAGUUUGACGUAACACAAGCUUCAUCUGUGGGUGAUGGGGAGGACCAAGAGGAUUUUCCUGGUGACCUUACUCACCAUUCGGACCCCUUGAACCCAGCAGGACUGUGCUGUACUGCUGCCAACGCUGUGGAGGUGCACAGGGACUCUCAGCCAGACUCAGUGAGGAGCAGUGGUAAACUCCCUGAGGAGGCCGUGGUUGAUGAGGAGGCCAUCUUGAGUCUCCUGGAGAACAGUCAGACCUUCCUCCCACUUUCCCAAACAUCCAACCACUCACCUCUCUUAGACAGCAGCCAAGAUCAUGCCAUCAUCGAUUUGCUGGCAGGCCUGGAGGACGAUGGUUUCUGCAGGACCCCCACUAGGCAGAAUUCCAAGUCCCAGUCUCUUCCUGGUGGCAGAAGCUACCACUGCAAUAGUGAUGAGGAGGAGACAGGACCGGAGCUGGACAAAGAAGAGGCAGAGUUUAGCAUGAUAAUGUCACAGCGAUGGGACAACGAGGCCCCUGAGAGUUCAUCCUUACCAAGGCCUGGUUUGAAGGAGACAGAGGAUGGCUUCAGUGAGGAGCAGCAGGAGUCCUCUGAAGAAGAAAUGGAGUGGAGUGGGAAUAACUCUCUGUUCGCCAACCUGUCCAUCCCCCAGCUGGACGGGGCAGCAGACGAGAGCAGUGAUUCAUCCUUAACGGACAGUAGUUCCAGGACCCAAUCUUCUCUCAUAGCCACAGAAAAGAUGCUUGGGAAAAGAAAUCCCUUCCCUGGGGAGACGGUCCACCUGGAGCCACCUCCUUCAGCUAAGAUCCUUCUGGAGUGCAAGCACCCUGACUACAUACCAGUUCAUGUGCUUGAUAAAGAGCAAACACUUGACAAGCACUUUCAAUCAAAAAGCAGUCAGGACAGCAGUAGUGAAUGUUCAACAGGGUUCAAGGUUAAUAAAGAAAUCCCCUACAUCCCACCAGUCAAGCACCCUAUCUCGUGUAAAAUAGCCAAUCACCCUGAGGUGUCUCCCAUCUGUGUAGAAAAAGAGGACAUCUGUGCCCUGUACACCUAUGACAAGAACACCUCUUUAGCCUUGGGUAAUACAGAUCUAGAAAGCUUCCCAUUUGGUAAUGGAAAAGUCACCAAAAGCAGGAAGAAGUAUGGCAGCAUAAAGAAUGUAGAGACAAACUGUCUGUCCAUUCUUCAGAACCACAGGACCUUCUCUCUCUGUUACUCAGAGUUGAGAAACUGCUCAUCAGUCAGUCAUAAGUCAGAAUUGGAAUUGAGCCAGAAGGACAAUAAAAGCCCCAUUGUGAGGAAUAUCUCCUCAACCCCUUCACCCAUGGAGGAGGAGUUCCUUGAUCCUCAGGAGGAAGAAAUGGGCCAGGACAAUGAUGAGGGAGAUGUUGGUGAGCUCAAAAUCAGGUACGAGGACUAUCAGGAAAACAAGUCUGAGAGGACUAUUGUGGCCCAGCAGGAAGCACACUACAAGUUCUUUCCCAGCGUCAUUCUCUCGAACUGCCUCAGUAGAAAGAAAGUUGGGAGCAAAAAGCUUACUGAUCCCUGCAGCAAACUAGCAGAGGGUCAGCCUCGCAGGUCGAGGCUAAAUGUGAAUAAAAAAAGGUUAGGUAUGACAGGACAAAGAAACAAACUAAAUAUAGUUGAAAGCUCUACCUCUGACAGCAACGUUAGCACUAGUCUCACCUCAAUCGAGUCUAUUUUUCCUCAGACUGUGGAUUCGGAGAUGCCAAAUUCAGAUGAAAAGUCAAAAGAGGCUGAGCCAGUUGAACUCAUCACAGAGGGUAAGCCAAUCACAAAAGAGGAACGCGAAACAGAUGAGAGGUCUAUAGAUGAAAGGACAGAGCCACUUUCAGAGCCCCCCUCUAACAACUCCACCACUGUGUCCUUUUUCUCUGAGGAAGCUAAAGACACAGCAGAGGAUAGGUUAAGCCCAUUGCAAGAUGUAUCUACCCAAGUCACCUGUACCAAACCUUCAGCACUUCCUGGUAGUAAAUACACCCUGAGGGCCAAACGGAAGAUGAUUUAUGACAGUGAGGAUGGAGAACACUCAAGUUCCACUCGUUCUAAGUAUGCAGCUUCAGUCAAGGAAUGCAAGCUCAAGGACAGCAAUGUCUCCAGUGGGCAGGAAGUAAAAUACCAGAAACGGCGCAAGAAAGAACCCCCUAUCAUCAUCAAGUACAUUAUUAUCAACAGAUUCAAAGGACAGAAAAACAUGCUGGUGAAGAUGUCCAAAAUAAAUGUAGAGGAGCAGUUGGUGUUGCUGACACCAGCUAAGCUAAAGUUGUACAAUAAAAUGGCUCCUCUCAAAGAUGUCUGGCCCAAGGUGCCAGAAUCCACUGCAGUCAGGUUUCCCAUCACUGAGCUAAAGGCCAAGAAACAGCCCAAAAGAAAGGCAAAGGUCAACUCCAACAAUAAGAAAACAGUCAGCAACUCCUCCAAAACUCGAGUCAGGCAGGGUGAAAGGGUUAAAAGGACUAAAGGCUGUCGGAGAGACCCAAUUCUAUUCUCUCUACCACCCCCUGAGCCUUGUUACUGUGAGCUAGCUGAUGACCAUGACAGUGAGUAUACCGAUGUCAUGGUAGAGUUGGGUUACCUCUCUGAUAGAUCCCCAAGCCCCGCAAACUCAACACCCCCACGUUGUUGGUCCCCAAGUGACCCUUUUAUGGACAGCUCAGAACAGCUGAUAAACCCACUCAGUGACCCAUGUUUUAGUUCUGCUUUACACAAGCCAAUCACUGUGUCUUCAACCAAAGGAACACAAAAUAAGAGUCAAACUGGUGGACCUAAGAAAGUUACUGAUAGUAAAAGAAAAAUAAACAGAUCAACUACUAAGCCUCCACAGGAAGGACACCCCAAAAAAGAUAAAUUAAGGCAAAGUGGUGGUGCACCAAGCCAGAGAAAGAAGGCUAAAGAUGUAACCAAAGUUACUGUCAAUAGUUCUACAACCACCACAAAACCUAAAAGGUCUCGCAAAAAUAAGACUGAGGAACCCAAAAGCCAUGAGUUAAGUAAAAACGGCUCGCAGCUCCUCUUCCCCGAGGAUGACCUACCUCCUUCUGAUAGUUCCUCUCAAGAGGUCCCUCCAUUUCAACAGUCUGUGAGCACAGAUAGCAAAAGCAAGGGGAGUUCCCAGACUGCAUCUACGCCAGACUAUAAAUCAGUAGCCCAGUCUAUAGAACCAAAGGUUGAGGACUGUGAGACUGCAAUCAUGGAGGUCAACCAAAACGUUUCACCACCGGUUCAGCUGAAGCAGCAAAGUUGCCAGACCACUGUGCUAAAGGCAGAGGCUUCACAGGAGGAGUGCGUAGAUCCUACACCUCCUCUGGCUGGUCAACUUUUACUGGACAUUAAAGAUUCCCAACUAGCAGUUGCCUCCCCACACUCAGGCCAGAACGGGGAGACCUUGCCCCCUUAUGAGACCCCUUCUGGCUUGGCUGUCCUCAAGCAGCUUCUCCAAAAAAGGCAGCAAGGACAGACCCUUCCUCUACAAGUGGUUGGUGGAGACAACCACUCCACUGCCAUAGCUCAGACUGCAGCACUACUAGAUCCUAAAACUAAACAAACUAAAUCCAGAAAAGCUCCCUCUACCACUCAUCGUAAACCGAGGGCCCCAAGAUCUACCACCCCCAAGGAUAAAAAGCCCAGAAUUAGGAAAGGCAAGACGAGCAGUACUCAACCAAAUCUGACAGUGAAGGACAACAUGUCAGAUGACUGUCCCCUUUUUCUGUCAGACCCAGGCCUUGACACCUGCAACUUAAUAGAGGACAGCUUGUCACCAGAACUUCCACACAACUAUAGCUUUGAUAUAAAUGCUAUUGAUCAGACUGAGUUCUCCAGCCCAUAUAGUUGUAGCCAGUUUGUCCUGACUGAUAAAAACUUACCAAUCAAGUUCCUAAGUGAUGUAAGCCAGGAAGCUGUAUCUUCUCAGACCCUGGGCUUUGAGAAGAAAAUUGAUAGGCUGUUUGGUUGUGGGGAGGAGCUUCAAAGGAGCUCCGAUUGGCAGAAAGCAAGGCCUGUCAGUCCUGACCUCUUUCAUAGACCUGAGAAUGGGGAGCCUGUAUCAAAUCACCUCACAUUCCUUGACUCUGAGAGAAUCAAGAGCCGGGAUUGGGACUUCAAUUCAUGCAAAGUCCAAACCCUCAGCCCCUUUCAAGACUUUCACUGUGAGAGAAAAGAGCUGCUCUUCUCUGUUUUUGAUCCUGUCCUGCCACUGCCUUUGAGUUCGGCAUCCUUUGUUGACCAAGAGGGCUCACCAACAGGGGAGCUUCUGGAAGGUAUUGAUGGACUCACCUCCACCACACCCAGUAGCUCACCCCGAUCCAUCGGCUCACUGUCCCAGGUGAGGCCAAGCCAGCUGCUGCGGGGGGCAGGUGGUGGAACCCACAUUCUCAAGCCCCUCAUGUCUCCUCCAAGCCGGGAGGAGAUCCUCAACACUCUGCUGGACCUGGAUAUGUCAGUGGCUACCUUCCAGGAGCCCUUCUGCAGCGACCCCUCUGAUGCCCCUGGGAAACCAAUGGAGGUUGGGGGCCGUAAGCUAACUGUGGGUACCAGACUUGCUAAGGAGCUAACGGAAUUCAGCGGAGACCUGUCUUUGGAGGGCCUUCAUUUCUGGAAGAUGGCCUUCUCUGCCAUGACACACCCUGCCACCACUAUUACCUCAUCUUCCCAAGCCCAGGGAGCUAAGCCCUCAGAGGCAGGUAAAGAUCAGGCCAGGUCUGACCCAACCUCAGCCAGUGACAAGAAGGUCAUUCUCCUGCCCUGCAAAAAUCCACCAAACAGAGAGCGUGUGCAUCUGUGGCUGGAGGCCAGGAAACAGUACGAGUGUUUACAGAAAUGGAGGAGAGAAGCAGGGCUGUUGAAGAGCAGGAGGGCUGGGUUGGAUGUUGAGGAGGAAAACCAAGAGAAAUCUGGGCAACCGUCUGCUUCCGUCUGCCCAGAAGUGAAGGUUGAGUUGUGUGGAAACCUCUCCAGUAUCAGAACUCAAAGGAGAAAGAAACUGAGCCUGUCGUUAAUCAUAUCUCCCAUGAAGAACACAGGCUCUCAAAGUAAAUUCUCAGAGGUGAGUCCAGUAUCAGAUGAAGGUGCUGUGGACUUUGAGCUGGAGGAACGAGAAAAAGCUGAUGAUGAUGAUAACAAUAAAAUCACCUCUCCAGAGUCCCCAGAGCUGCCUCCAUGGCAGCAGUCCUGUCAGCCCAGCACCUCAGGCCCAGACCAGCUCAGCGAAAAAAGGGAAAGUGAAAACUCUCCAGAACCAAUGUCACCUAGGCAAUCUAACUCCCUGGAGAGACUAGGAGAGAACCAAAGUCCCUCACCCCUCCAUGUCUGUAACAGGGGAGAGAGCAGGACUAGUCCACACCUUCACAGCACCCCCUUCCUAAGGAGGAGGCAGAGAAGCAAAGAAGAUUUGGAGCCAGUGUGCAGUACGCCAAUAUCUGAAGAGAAUCCCAUUUCUCAGGAACUCCAGCAGAGGAGGAGAAGCCAGACGGGCCGACUGAGAAGAGUGUUACUGACCACACAGAUACAGAACCAGUUUGCUGCUUUGAAUGUGCCAAAGAAAGAUAAUUCUCAAAUUGAAGGGCCCAGCAUAGCCAACUCCUAUGGCUUCAAAGUCAGCAUGCAGAACUUGCAGGAUGCCAAAGCUCUGCAUGAGGUGCAGUACCUAACACUGAUGGGCAUGGAGCUUCAUGCAAGGACUCGCCGUGACCUCGAACCUGACCCUGAGUUCGACCCCAUAUGUGCCUUAUUCUACUGCCUCAGUUCUGAUGCUCCGCUGACAGGUGUAGAUGGCACCGUUGUGAAUGGUGCCAUUGUGGUGGACAAAGAUUGUCAAAGCUGUGACCCAGGUGACAAGCACAUAGCGCCCCUGCUGGUCAGGUCGGGCGUCUCUGGGCUGCAGGUGAAAUAUGCCACUGAUGAGAAGAUACUGCUUCAGGAGCUGAUCACUAUAAUAAGGAGGUAUGACCCUGACAUCCUGCUGGGAUACGAGGUGCAGAUGCAUUCCUGGGGCUACCUGCUGCAGCGGGCCGCAGUGCUCCGAGUGGACCUUUGUCAGCAGCUGUCACGAGUGCCAGGUGACUCCAAAGAGAACCGCUUCGCUGCAGACAGGGACGAGUACGGAGCCGACACCAUGACUGAGAUCAACAUCAUCGGACGCAUCACCCUCAACCUGUGGAGGGUGAUGAAGACUGAGGUGACGUUGAACAACUACAGUUUUGAGAAUGUGGCUUUCCAUGUGCUCCACCAGCGCUUCCCCCUGUACAGCCCCCGCACGCUGUCUGACUGGUUUGACCACAACACCGAUUUAUACAGGUGGAAGAUGGUCGACCACUACGUGAGCCGAGUGCGCGGCACCAUGCAGCUCCUGCAGCAGCAUGACAUCAUUGGCAGAACCAGUGAGCUGGCCAGACUGUUUGGGAUUCAGUUCUUCCAUGUUCUGACCCGGGGAUCACAGUACCGUGUGGAGUCCAUGAUGCUACGCUUGGCCAAGCCUCUGAACUACAUCCCCGUGACACCCAGCUUCCAGCAGCGCGCCCAGCAGAGGGCACCGCAGUGCCUCCCACUGGUGAUGGAGCCUGAGUCGCGCUUCUACAGUAACUCAGUGGUUGUACUGGACUUCCAGUCACUCUACCCCUCCAUCGUCAUCGCGUACAACUACUGCUACUCCACCUGCCUUGGUCACAUGGACAGCCUGGGAACGCCUGAUGAGUUUAAGUUUGGCUGCACCUCCCUGCGAAUUCCUCCUGAGAUCCUCUACCAGCUCCGCAACGACAUCACUGUGUCACCCAACGGCAUCGCCUUCGUCAAGUCCUCAGUGCGUAAAGGAGUUGUGCCCAGCAUGCUGGAGGAAAUCCUCAACACAAGGAUCAUGGUGAAGCAGUCAAUGAAAAGCUACAAGCAGGACAAAGCCCUUAUGAGGCUGCUUGACGCUCGACAGCUGGGACUCAAGCUCAUUGCCAACGUCACCUUCGGCUACACCGCAGCCAACUACUCUGGGCGCAUGCCCAGCGUGGAGGUCGGAGACAGCAUCGUUCACAAAGCCAGAGAGACCCUGGAAAGAGCCAUCCGGCUGGUCAAUGACACCAAGAAAUGGGGGGCGCGUGUUGUGUACGGCGACACAGACAGUAUGUUUGUGUUGCUGAAGGGAGCUACCAAAGAGCAGGCGUUCAAGAUCGGCAACGAGAUCGCAGAUGCAGUGACUGCAACCAAUCCCAAGCCUGUCAAGCUUAAGUUUGAGAAGGUGUACCUGCCCUGCGUGCUGCAGACAAAGAAGCGCUACGUGGGAUACAUGUACGAGAGCCUCGACCAAAAGGAACCUGUUUUUGACGCCAAAGGGAUCGAGACAGUGCGCCGCGACGGCUGCCCCGCUGUUUCCAAGAUUCUGGAGCGUUCCAUUAAGCUGCUGUUUGAGACGCGGGACAUCAGUCAGGUGAAGCAGUUUGUGCAGCGUCAGUGUGUGAAGGUCCUGGAUGGUCGGGCCAGCAUGCAGGACCUGACCUUCGCCAAGGAGUACAGAGGCAGUGGCUCGUACCGGCCCGGAGCCUGCAUCCCUGCACUGGAGCUCACCAGGCGUAUGAUGGCAUACGACCGUCGCCUGGAGCCCCGCGUGGGCGAGCGGGUGCCCUACGUGGUUGUUUACGGGAUCCCCGGUGUGCCCCUCAUCCAGCUGGUGCGUCGGCCCAUGGAGGUUCUGCAGGACCCCAGCCUCCGCCUAAACGCCACCUACUACAUCACCAAGCAGAUCCUGCCGCCGCUGGCCCGCAUGUUCCAGCUGAUCGGAGUGGACGUGCUCAGCUGGUACCAGGAGCUCCCCAGGAUCCAGAAAGCCUCGUGCUCGGCGGCGGCGGGUGGCGAGGAAUGGGUAAGGAAGGGAACCAUUUCUCAGUACUUCACCACGCUUCAUUGCCCCGUGUGUGACGAGCUGACCCAGCUGGGCGUGUGCUCGCGGUGUCGUGCUGAACCCCAGCGAGUUGCCGUCACACUCUACCAGGACAUACGACAGUGGGAGAGUCAGCAGGACCAGCUGCUGAAGGUCUGUAGGAACUGCAGUGGCUGUGCAGAGCGGCAGGUUCCCUGCGUGUCCCUAGACUGUCCCGUCCUGUACAAGCUGGCCCGGGUCAACAGACAGCUCUCCAGGGCCCCCUACCUCCGACAGCUGAUGGAGCAGUUCUGAUUGGCUCCCCGCUGGUUUGGUGCUCAUUGUUUGCCCCCCCCCCCCCCUCAUCCCAUCUCAGUGUUUGAUUGUCCAUUCAGUUGUGAUAGUUUAAAUGGUGCUUUGAUUGAACCCUGUUGGGUUUUCACUGUCUUGUAACUGUUAUUUGUUAUACAAGUGUUUUUUCUUGGUGCGCAGACAGUCCUGUGGGGGGGAUCCCCCUCCCUGGGCUUUUGUUUGUCUUUAUGUUUGUUUGCUGCCAUCUCCAUUAGCUGCUAUGGCCUAAGUGAAACUAAUGUGUGCGGUGCCACAGCUGCAGACUGCCCGUCAUGGAACUACACACAAUUGAAUCAAGGAUGACUCGUACUUUGUUUGCGCUGUAGCAGUUUGAAUCAUCGGUCUUUAAGGUGCUCCAUACUAAUCUCAUAACGACCUACAUUCAUACCCCUGAUUCACCUUUCUGCAUUUUUAUAUGACAACUGCAGUCCUGUAAAUACUUCCUGUACAGCUCCACCAUUUGAUCUAACUGUGCAUUAGCAUCAAAUUAUUUGAAUGCAACCAACCCUGUUUUUAUGCAUUCUGUGGAAGGAUGCCAAGUUUCAUCCAGUUCACCCUGAUUGUACCCAUGUCCAUUUUGACAGAUUUAACGUCAAACUCUCUACAGAGGAAACUGGAAGAAAAUUCAGUUUUUUUUAAAUCUGGGACUGUUGCAAUACUGUAUUUUGAUAAUUUAUGUCAUGAAGAGUCUAUUAUUUCCUUGUGCAUAUGGUUUUGUGUACAAUUUCCAAUUUUCUGUGCAAAAAAAAGUCAUCAAACUCUGUCAAGCCCUGAACUUCACUUCCCCAUACAGCCGUACACAGGAUCUGUGUAUUUGUAUAAAUGUAUAAAGGAUGACGAAGGAGGUGUUUUUGUGUUUUUAAUGGACAUUGCUGUGGGUGGAGGUUUGAGAUUGAUAUAAUAAAAAGUAAUUGUAUUUA